AUGGGGCUCCUGGGGCUGGCUGUCUUGGGCCUCGCCUGCUUGGCAGUGGCACAUGCUGCAAAGCUGGGAGUUGUGUACACGGAAGGCGGUUUUGUGGAAGGCGUCAACAAGAAGCUCAGCCUCUUGGGUGGCGAGUCUGUUGACAUCUUCAGGGGCAUCCCCUUUGCCACUGCCAAGACCCUGGAGAAUCCCCAGAGUCACCCUGGCUGGCAAGGGACCCUGAGUGCCAAGGACUUCAAGAGGCGAUGCCUACAGGCCACCCUCACCCAGAGUAGCACCUAUGGGGAUGAAGAUUGCCUCUACCUUAACAUCUGGGUCCCUCAGGGCAGGAAGCAAGUCUCCCAGGACCUGCCUGUGAUGAUCUGGAUCUAUGGAGGUGCCUUCCUCAUGGGGGCUGGCCACGGGGCCAACUUCCUCGACAUCUACCUGUAUGACGGGGAGGAGAUUGCCACUCGAGGCAAUGUCAUUGUGGUCACCUUCAACUACCGUGUUGGCCCCCUGGGCUUCCUCAGCACUGGGGAUGCCAACCUGCCAGGUAACUAUGGCCUUCGAGAUCAGCACAUGGCCAUUGCCUGGGUGAAGAGGAAUAUUGCAGCCUUUGGAGGGGACCCUGAUAACAUCACCAUCUUUGGGGAGUCAGCCGGAGGUGCCAGUGUCUCUCUACAGACCCUCUCCCCCUACAACAAAGGCCUCAUCCGGAGAGCAAUUAGCCAGAGUGGAGUGGCACUGAGCCCCUGGGUUAUCCAGAAAAACCCACUCUCCUGGGCGGAAGAGAUUGCUCAGAAGGUAGGCUGCCCCACAGAUGAUACCAGCAGGCUGGCGAGUUGUCUGAAGAUUACUGACCCCCGUGCUGUCACACUGGCCUACAAGAUGCCCCUCUCAGGCCUGGAGUAUCCUGCAAUACACUACCUGGGCUUUAUCCCUGUGGUUGAUGGGGACUUCAUCCCCGAGGACCCUAUCAACCUGUAUGCCAAUGCUGCUGACAUAGACUACAUAGCGGGCACCAAUGACAUGGAUGGCCACCUCUUUUCCACUAUCGACAUGCCAGCCGUUGACAGGUCCAACAAGGACAUCACAGAGGAAGACUUCUACAGAUUGGUCAGUGGGUUCACCACCACCAAGGGGCUCAGCGGUGCCAGGGCCACCUUUGACCUCUACACCCAGUCCUGGGCAGAGGACUCAUCCCAGGAGACCAAGAAGAAGACUGUGGUGAACUUGGAGACCGACAUCCUCUUUCUGAUGCCCACAGAGAUGGCUCUGGCCCAGCACAAAGCCAAUGCCAAGAGUGCCAAGACCUACUCCUACCUGUUCUCCCAUCCCUCUCGGAUGCCCCUAUACCCCAACUGGGUGGGGGCCGAUCACGCCGACGACCUCCAGUACGUCUUCGGAAAACCCUUCUCCACCCCACUGGGCUACCGGGCCCAAGAGAGGACUGUCUCCAAGGCCAUGAUCGCUUACUGGACCAACUUUGCCAGAAGUGGGGACCCCAACGUGGGUGACUCAUCUGUGCCCACACACUGGUACCCCUACACCAUGGAGAAUGGCAGCUACCUUGAGAUCAAUAAGGAGAUGGACAGCCAGUCUAUGAAGGAGCACCUGAGGUCCAAGUACCUGCAGUACUGGGCCCUGACCUACAAACAGCUGCCCACUGUGAUUGGUGAGGAGGCUGUCCCUGUGCCCCCUACAGAUGACUCCCAGGCUGCCCCUGUCCCCCCAGCAGAUGACUCUGAGGCCGCCCCCGUGCCCCCAGCAGACGACUCUCAGGGGGCUCAGAUGCCUGUAGUCAUUGGUUUCUAG